GAGGAGGGAAGGGAGAGAGAGUGAGCCGCAGAGGCCCAACAUGUCCCGGCAACACUUCUAUUCUGCGGUGCUGAUCCUCCUCGUCGUGAUGAUGUGCUGCAACACUGGUGGGGCUGCAUCCAGUGGGGUGACGCCGUCAGGGCAGGGAUCUUCAAAGGGCAAAUUGUUUUUUUGGAGAGAUGUGGAAAAAACAGGAAACGAAACAGUGGAUGCGCUCCGUGUUCCCAGUAUUGUGGAGGUGGAUGGUGAUGUGUUUGCCGUUGCCGGGGCGAAGGGCAGGAAGAAGGAUAUGAGCCGUUUUAAUGGGAUUGCCUCGGAGCUUCUGACGUUGACCGAUCAAGAAAGAAAAGAGUUGGAUACGGCUCAAGUGAAGACACAAGUGCUGGAGGAAUGUUCUUCCAAAAAAGAGAAAUGCUCCCUCCAAAACGCUGAUCGUACUGGUUCCCAAAGCGUAACGGGAGUAAGUGUGGAUCGACCCACAACAAUUGUGGAGGGAAGUGAUAUUUACAUGCUUGCUGGAAUCUACGGCCUUGAAGGUACUACCGAUACGGCUGGGAAGACUGAAGGAUAUGAAUUGGGGCUUUUGCUGGCGAGAGGGAAAGUCAGUGGCGAGAACAAUGAAAAAAGAAUAAGUUGGAAUGAUAUUGACACUCUCCCGACCAUUUCUAAUAUCCAGCCAAAGAAAUAUGUGACAGUGCCGUUUGGCGGCGGUGGAUCGGGCGUUAAGAUGGAGGACGGUACGCUUGUGUUCCCUAUGGAAGGUAAAAAGAGGAAGGUGAGUGACACAGAAAACGAUGGAAAGACUGUCUCACUGCUCAUAUACUCCUCAGCCACUCAGAGUUGGAAGCUGUCGAAGUGGAUGUCUGCCGACGGCUGCGGUGAUCCCUCCGUCGUGAAGUGGGAGAAGGACAAACUCAUGAUGAUGACUGCGUGUGAUGAUGGCCGCCGCAGGGUGCACGAGUCCGGUGACAAGGGAGAGUCGUGGACGGAGGCACUCGGGACACUCUCGCGCGUGUGGGGCAACAAACACGAGGGAUCUGAGAAGGGCGUUAGAAGCGGAUUCACCACGGCGACGAUUGAUAAAAAUGUGAUGCUCGCCACCCUGCCAGUGUAUGCCAAGAAGGUCAAUGGAAAGAGUGAACUCCAUCUUUGGCUGACGGACAACACGCACAUUGUUGAUAUUGGGCCGGUAUCCGGGGAAGAGGAGGACGUUGCCGCCAGCUCCCUGUUGUA